AUGGGCUGGAGGAAGAGGUGGAAACCAAAGGAUAUAUUUCUGCUGCCCAAAACCUACCAAAAUCAAAAUUACUUUCCCGACAAAGAAAGGCAGGAGACAUUAGCAAAAGACGGAUAUGGAAGCUGCAGUAAUGGAGAUGGCAUAGAUCGAUCUUGGACCAUAGACCAACUUGCGCACGAGAUAAAAGGCUGUUUUCCUAAUCUCAAGGAUGAACUCACGACUGGGAUCGAAUUCGCUCGACUGAUGCCAAAUUCCCAGAAGAUCAGAGUCCAUAACCUUGCCGAGGUUGCUACUGUCGCUGAUCUAGAGAAACGCCAUGGCGUUGAUGGCCGUGGAAUCUUGGUAAUUCUUCUAAAGGGAAGUAAUACGUCUCUAAACACAGCGCCAAAAGAGUCGAGAGGGAAGCGUCGCAUCAAUCUGGGAAACAAGUCCCCAACGAAGCCACAAAUCCCUCAAAACCAGGUCCAGAAUGAGUUGAAAACCGUGGCGCAGUUAGAAGGGAUCAAGAUCACUCAUCUGAACUGCCAGUCUCUUUGCAACAAGAAAGACAAGCUGAAAGGCCUGGCUCUUUCAACAGACAUCGAUGUACUCACGGUGAGCGAGACUUGUAUGGGACCAAACCACUCGACCGACAGCUUCAAUAUCCCCGGUUACACCAUUAUGGCAAGAAAAGAUGGGUCCCCCAAAUGUACUAGUAAGUACCGCGGUGGUGUUAUGACAUAUGUCAAAAAAGAUUUGGCGAAAUUAGCAAAAGAGUGUAAUAUUGGCCUAGAGGAAGGCUUAGAAGCAGUCUGCGUUGUUAUUGAGCUUGAUAAGGAGGGACCUAGUCCAAGGCUAGCGAAUCAGGCCAAUUCCGGCGCUUGUAAGAUGAAGGCUCGUCUUAAAAUUAUCAAUGUGUAUGUACCCCCAGGAACAAGGGAUCAGAUUGCCCUGUUGAAAAAGUUGCAAAAAAGUAUGGAUAAUCUGAAAGCAGCAGAUAAACAUUGCAAGCAAUCUUGCAGUUGUGAAACAAAUUAUGUGAUACUAGGGGAUUUCAACUGCGAUCGUGAAACUCUUAAGACGUGUAAAAGCAUGACGUCUGUAAAGGGGGAUAAAAUCAAAGCGCUUGAUAAACUUGAAAGUAGCCAUGGCUUGUCACAGUUGAUAACAGAGCCUACACGGGUGGCAACUAGGAAAGAAAAAGGUCAGGAUACAUAUAAGACGACCGAAACCUUGCUUGACCUGGUUUACACAGAUGACCCAGCCAGUGUCCGAGGGUCAGGAGUGGUUCACACCACUAUGAGUGACCACUACAUGGUGUACUGCGCCUUGGGACCUGCUAUGUAAAAGGGUCUCCGUAAGGCAACCCCGUGGCGUUGCCGACGCACAAUGCUGCCUUUUGCGUUAAUAUUGUGCCCUAGGGGGAAAUCGGGCACAGACGCGUACACAGAGGUGGGGGGGGGGUAGUGUUUUGGGGGUUAACCCUCUCUCUCCCCAUCACUGAGCAAAAUAUUUGUCGACGCGAUUUCCAAAUUUACAUUUUCAAACACCCUCCUUCUUCAAAAAUUCUUGCGUACGCCACUGAUCGGGCACGAUGUACAUUCAUGACACAUACACAUUGAUGAUUUUAAGAGCUAAACAGCCAAAAUUGGUUGAUAUUUGGUGCAUAGACCAAAAAGAGUUAUAUUUAUUAUGAAAGGGAUACUUCAACUCAAUGUUCUGUAUAUAUAUACUGAAUAUUUUAUUAAGACUGAUAAGAAUAUAUUUUAGGACAGUUAACGCUAAUCUUGAAAGAUAAUGUACUUUCUGCCUUGCAAUAGACUGUGUCAUAAUAUGUUAAUUAUUUAUGACACAUAUACAUUGAUAAUUUUAAGAGCUAAACAGCCAACAUUGGUUGAUAUUUGGUGCAUAGACCAAAAAGAGUAUAUUUAUUAUGAAAGCAAUAUUUCAACUCAAUGUUCUGUAUAUACUGAAUAUUUUAUCAAGACUGAUAAGAAUAUAUUUUAGGACAGUGGAGGCUAAUCUUGAAAGAUGAUGUACAUUUCUGCCUUGCAAUAGACUGUGUCAUAAUAUGUUAAUUAUUUAUGACACAUAUACAUUGAUAAUUUUAAGAGCUAAACAGACAACAUUGGUUGAUAUUUGGUGCAUAGACCAAAAAGAGUAUAUUUAUUAUGAAAGCAAUAUUUCAACUCAAUGUUCUGUAUAUACAUGUAAGUAAACUGAAUAUUUUAUCAAGACCGAUGAGAAUAUAUUUUAGGACAGUGGAGGCUAAUCUUGAAAGAUAAUGUACAUUUCUGCCUUGCAAUAGACUGUGUCAUAAUAUGUUAAUUAUUUAUGACACAUAUACAUUGAUAAUUUUAAGAGCUAAACAGCCAACAUUGGUUGAUAUUUGGUGCAUAGACCAAAAAGAGUAUAUUUAUUAUGAAAGCAAUAUUUCAACUCAAUGUUCUGUAUAUACUGAAUAUUUUAUCAAGACUGAUAAGAAUAUAUUUUAGGACAGUGGAGGCUAAUCUUGAAAGAUAAUGUACAUUUCUGCCUUGCAAUAGACUGUGUCAUAAUAUGUUAAUUAUUCAUGACACAUAUACAUUAAUAAUUUUAAGAGCGAAACAGCCAACAUUGGUUGAUAUUUGGUGCACAGAACAAAAAGAGUAUAUUUAUUAUGACUGCAAUAUUUCAACUCAAUGUUCUGUAUACAUGUAUAUACUGCAUAUUUUAUCAAGACUGAUAAGAAUAUAUUUUAGGACCUUAAGGCUAAUCUUGAAAGAUAAUGUACUUUCUGCCUUGCAAUAGACUGUGUCAUAAUGUGUUAAUUAUUCAUGACACAUACACAUUGAUAAUUUUAAGAGCUACACUGCCAAAAUUUGUUGAUAUUUGGUGCAUAGACCAAAAAGAGAAUAUUUAUUAUGAAAGCAAUAUUUCACCUCAAUUUUCUGUAUAUACUGAAUAUUUUAUCAAGACUGAUAAGAUUAUAUUUUAGGACAGUUAAGGCUAAUCUUGAAAGAUAAUGUACUUUCUGCCUUGCAAUAGACUGUGUCAUAAUAUGUUUAUUAGUCAUGACACAUACACAUUGAUAAUUUUAAGAGCUAAACAGCCAACAUUGGUUGAUAUUUGGUGCAUAGACCAAAAAGAGAAUAUUUAUUAUGAAAGCAAUAUUGCAACUCGAUGUUCUGUAUAUAGGCCUACAGGUACAUGUAAGUAUAAUGAAUAUUUGAUCAAGACCAAUGAGAGUGUUUAAUCAAAGAAACAACAUUUCUGAAUUUGAAAAUACAUUUUUGUGUGUAUACUGUAACCCUGUUGUACCUAGUGAUGGGUUUGUAGAAGUAUUGUAGUCUUGACUUAAAAUUUAUAGGUCGUGGUUUGAUCCCCGACACGGCACUACUGUAAAUGUCCUUUGGCAAGGCAUUAAUCUAGAUUAGCCACACUCAACCCAGGUGAUGUAAACGGGUACUAUCUGGCAGGAAUUAUUUCCUUGAAAUGCUAUAGCACUGUCAUGACAGCUAGGCUGAAGCCGGGAUGAUAAUUCAUUUGUGUGCCUCAGAAUAGUAAAUGCCUUUAAUUAUUAUUUUACCAAAUUUUGCUUGAAAACUCACACAAACAGUUUAAUUUCAAGAAUACAUGUACUUAAAUACACAGUUCUGAGUAGUUAGCAGUUCUAGAAUAUGCAUAAAGGUAGAGACGACUCGUUAUGUCUGAGCUUAUAUAUUUAAUUUUUACCUUUGGAAAUUCAAUUCAUAAGAUAGAAAGCCAAGGACUUUUACACUUUUAUUAUGCUUAAUUGCUACAGAGUGUCAACAAAUGUGUUGAUAUUUAGUUGGUAUGAACUCUAGGGCAAAUUAUCAUUUUUCCCAAUGCUACUUUAAUUAACCUGUCGGCAUACAUCUUUAGACAAGAAGUGUUUGUUGUGUAUGUAGAGGCAACAUUGUAUAAAAAGGCAAUGACUGUAAUGUGCUUUUGUAAAUGCAAUUUAUGGAAUGCAGUACGCAGAGUUAAGUGUAAAUUCUGAUUUUUGUAUAGUUUUUGUGUGUGUAUGUAAUGCAUAUGUAAUAUGUACAUGUAGAACAUGUUUUUUUUAUAAAAACCAGGAAAGGGAAUUGAUAUUUUGGGGUAAAUGCUCCGCAAUAGCUACACAUUUAAAGGUCGGGUGAAAUCAAAAUAUACAUGUACAUGUAAGUUGAUUCAUGUUGAUGUGCAGG